AUGGAUCAAGAGACACUUUUAACUGAUGAAUUUCAGAAGAUAAUCCUAACUUCUGCUGCCACUUCUGUCUCUUCUUCCUUUUUAACUAAUAAGGAGAGGAAAGAAAAAUUACUACUCUCAAAGAACAAGAAGACAGGCAAUAUCUCUAAUGAAGAUAUCGAAAAAGUUUUAGGUGAUUCUUUGGACACACAAUUGUUUGAUAAAUGGAUCCCUUUUCUUCGAGAAACGAUAGAAAACGAACAACUUGAAGUGGUUGUCGACGAGCUGCAAUCGUCUACAGAAGAUAACUUCCAAGGAUUAGAACUUCAAUUGUUGCGUGAUUUCCAAGUUACCAAUAAAUUAACCGAAUCUAUUGGAGAAGUAACUAAUAUCCAAGGUACCAUUGAAAAACAAUUGACAGUUCAAAUGCAAGACUUCCAAAAUAAAUUAUCGUCAUCAUCUAAUGAUUUAAUAAUGAAAAAGCAAGUAUUUGUAAAUAAUAAAAAAACGUCACUAAAAAUAUCAGAAGCCAUUAUCGUAAUUACCAAAGUGCUACGAAUUUUAGAAUUGUCAAGUAAGUGCCAAGAAUUGAUUACAGAAAAGAGUUUUUUCAAAGCCCUUCAAAAUCUUGAUAACUUAGAAAAAUUAUAUUUACAAGAAUUUAAAAAUUACAAUUUCGGAUUUCUGAAGGAAAUAUAUGAUUCUAUCCCCUUUUUGAAAAAAGUGGUUAAAGAUGAAUGUAUAAAUUUAAUUCGUAACUCAUUUAAUAUUAAUUUAGGUAAAAAUCUGGAAGAUGUUGGUAAUUCUAUAUUUAACUGUUACGAAAAGCAACUACUUCCCCAAUGGUUACAACUCAAAGAAAAGAUGGAUUUCAACAUAUUCAAAUUCAAUUCCCCAGUCGAAAUAUCCUUAAGAGAUCAGGAAAUUCUAAGUACAAUCACAUUAGACAAUUUUUUCCACUUAGAUGAGUUCCAUGAUGCUAUAAUGAUAUUUGAAACUUUAAACCAAACGACAUACUUACUUUCUGAGUUUACAAAAGAGUACGAAUUUAGAAAAUUCAAAGUAAUUUUCCCAUUAGUAUGGAAGAAAACUGUUAAUAAUAUAAAUAUCACAACAUCAGAUAUCGAGAGAGAUGCAUUUACUAAGAAUUUAACUUUGCCAUUCCUGAAAAGUUACUUGCUUCGUAUAUUAGGUUUCUUAAUGUAUGAUAUUUGCUUAAAUAAAUCGACAGAUUUCAUCCUGGUAGGUAGUAACUAUAAUGCUACCAAUGAAUUUUGGGAAGGAUUGCUUAAUAGAUUAGGCCCAUAUCUCAGUUACGCAAUGAACAAAUUACUCAAUACCGAAGAAGAGCUCAUAGAUUUCAAAAAUUUCUUAAGUGUGUAUGUUGCUAUAGUGGAAAAUUUCAAUUUGAGUAUAACACCGCUCUAUAACAUCUUACUCUCCAUUUUUCAAAAAUACUGUAAUUUAUCUAUGGAAUCGUUCCGUGAGGAAUUUAGAACGUUAUUGGAUGAUGAUGAUUUUAUGCCUUUAACUAUCCAGGAUCGUACAUUAUUUGAUAAGGUCAUUAAAAUUUGUUGGUUAAAGAAGGAUGAAAACACCAGGUUGAUCGAGGAAGUAAAUGCACUAGAAGCAUCUGGAUCUGAAUUUUCUAUUACACUUCCAUUUUCUCCAUUAUAUCCAAUGACUUGCACUCUGGCCAAAAAAAUAUACUCAAAGUUGACUCUAUUCAUCUCAGUUUUCUACGGCCAUAAUCUACAAUACUUGAGUAACAUGCUAAUUAAGACAAUGGAUGUUAUAUUUAACGAUAUUGUCAAUCAACAGAUCAAGUCCAAAUUGGAUAGUAAAUCUAGAGAAGAAAUAGCCCAAAUAUUAAUUAACUUAGAUUACUUCAUCAUUGCAUCCAAAGAAUUCAGUAUGAUGAUGACGAAUACGAAUAUUCUACAGAAUCCCGACAUUGAGAUCAAACUAUCCUCCAUCAAACAUUACAUCGAAAGUAGAAAAUAUGCUGAAACUAAGUUAAUUGAACUAAUUGAUUCAAAGAUAUCUGACGUAUUGGAUACCGUAGAAUUUGAUUGGACCUCCACCAAAUUACGUGACGAACCGGACAUUUCAAUCAUUGAUGUUGCACAAUUUUUAGAAAUGAUGUUCGCUUCCACGUUAGUUAAUUUGCCAUACAGUAUUCAAACACUACUGAUUUUCAGAGAAUUUGAUUCUUUGACAAGAAAAGUACUCGACGUACUACUACAUGAAACCCCUUCUUCUUUGACUCAACAAAGUGUUUCGAAUUUCGAAAUUGAUGUAAAUUAUUUACAAGGUAUCAUUCCUAAAAUAUUUCCAUCACUUUCUCCAACAACAUCUGAUCUUCAUUCAGUUCCAGGGACCCCUAAUCCAAAUACUUCUGAUCGUCAAGUAGGUUUAUUAGAAAAUAAUAUGAAAUCUUUAGAAGAAACAUUUAUUGAACUGAAUCAAUGCAUAGAAUUAUUGAAGAUAAAAAGCCACACAGAUUAUGCUAAUCCUGAAAUUAGAAUGAAAAAAUUUUCUCGUAUAAAACCUGAAGAUGCAAAUAUUCUACUAAGCAAGGUAAGGAGUUCAACACCAGAGUCUGAUGAUAAUUCAGAAUCCAAAUUGAUAUUAGGUCCUGCAAGAAGCUCCACGCCCUCUAACGAUUCUUCUGGGAAUUCCAAUAGAUUGGCAAAGUUGUUUGGCCGUUAA